AUGGACGCUAAUAAGGCUAACGGAGCAAACCUCCUCUUCAUCCUUCAUCACGUGGUGGUUGUUACACGCGGAUACCUGCGCUCGCACGACUUGGGCCCACAAGAUCCCAAACUGGCGGCACCAACCUCGCUCUGCAGGUUCAGCCCUUCGCCCUUAAUCACUCUGCUCAAACUCUGCUCUAACCCUGCUCUGUCUCCUCAUGAAUGUGCUUUCUCUGCAUCCUGGAUAAAGAGACAAGGAGGCAAAGAAGCACGAGGUAAGUAUGGGGUCUUCAGCAGCCCCGUGCCCCCCGUGUCCCCUCCCACGGUCCCCGGGGACCACAGCACCCUGCCUGUGUCCCCCAAGCCCCUGCAGACACAGCAGGAAACCCCCAGCGUCACUGCUCAGUUACAACAUCCCAGAGGAAACACUUAUCAUCCACAUCAAACACCAACACCAUCAACACCAUCAACACCAACACCAUCAACACCAUCAACACCACCAACACCAUCAACACCAUCAACACCAUCAACACCAACACCAUCAACACCAUCAACACCAUCAACACCAUCAAACACCAACACCAUCAACACCAACACCAUCAACACCACCAACACCAACACCAACACCAUCAACACCAUCAACACCAUCAACACCAUCAAACACCAACACCAUCAAACACCAACACAAUCAACACCAUCAAACACCAUCAACACCACCAACACCAUCAAUACCACCAACACCAUCAACACCAACACCAUCAACACCACCAACACCAUCAACACCACCAACACCAUCAAUACCAUCAACACCAUCAACACCACCAACACCAACACCACCAACACCACCAACACCAUCAACACCACCAACACCACCAACACCACCAACACCACCAACACCACCAACACCACCAACACCAUCAAUACCAUCAACACCAUCACACACAACACCAACACCACCAACACCACCAACACCACCAACACCAUCAACACCAUCAUUUACAGACAGUAA